GUGGGGAGGGGGCUGGAAUAAUGGCCCGCUAAGUGGAUGGAAUGGCCCAGAGGUGGAGGAUGGAAUGGAAGUGGGCCGGGAUGGAAUGAUGGGGGAGCAGGCUGGAAUGGAGGAGGGCCAGGUGGUGGAAACUGGGGUGGAGGAGGUGGGCGGAGAAAUGUCAAAUGCUAUAAUUGUGGUCAAUGCGGGAAUUACUCCAGGGAUUGUAUGAUGCCGAGACAAGGGGGCGGGGGUGGGUAUCAACAGGGAAAUGGUCAACCGCAAGGCGGCGCGCCGGGUCAAGGUUGGAACGGAGCAGGGAGUGGAAGUGUGGCAACAGGUAAUGAAGGAGGUGGAGGUGCGUCGGCACUGGUGGUUAAAUUAAGUACGGAACUGGAGGAGUCUUUUGGCGCGAUGGCCUCUUUUUUUAAGCUAUCUCUGGAGGAAAAAGCGAAGGCGAACGCCGCGAAGAAAGAGGAGGAGGAAAGAUUGAAGAGAGAGGAGUUUGAAAGGGUAGCAAAGGAGGAAGCGAAGCGGAUCGAACUUGAGAAGAAGGGUGAAGAGGAAAAAAAGGAAGCUGAUAGGAAUUGGAGUAUCAGAAAGUUAUUUAGCGAGCAACCUGUGUUCCUGAGGAAGGAAGUGAAAUCGGCGGUCAACGAGGAGCUCCACGAGAUGGUGAAGCAAGAAGACUCGGACCUCCCAAAGGUGGAGGGUCAUGCGACCUUUAAACUAAGUACGUUGAGGAAUGUCCCCGAUGCGUUUAAGAACGCAAAGGACUCAAUUAGGAAGGUAGGAAGGGACCUUGCGAAGGAAGUAUUUAUGAAAGUAAAUGAUGCUUUGUUGAAAUUUGGGUUGGACGGAUCAAUAAAACCGGGUGAUGUGUGGAAAGCCGUUAGGAUGGAAGGAAAUGGCGGGAGGGGGUACACUGACAACGCUGUUGAGCGAUGGAGAAGACUACUGGUAAACUUCGUCCGGGUGCCUCUUGAUAAAAACCCAGCAGAGUCGCUGGUCAUGUGCGCGAAGGUGUAUGCAGAUGGAAUGAGGGAUAUGUUCUGGGGAAAGAAGAGUUUUUAUGUUGUCGGAGGUUCAGAGGAGGAUGUCCUUGCCGAGUGUAAGGGCACGUAUGAAGAAGGAGGAUUCAAUAGCUUGGGGAAAUGGGACGGGAAAGGGAGGUUGGGGCAUGGGUACAUCCUGCUGAAGAACAAAGAUAUUGGCAGAUUCAGGCCAAUCACCCCGUCCUACUCAGAACCGUCAAAGCAAGCAGGGCAGAGAGUUACGGGAGCCUUGAAUGGCAUGAUAACCCUGCUACCUCCGUCUGGGCAUUUUAAUCUGAAAUCGACGGGAGGGCUGAAAAGGAGAGUGGAAGAGAUUACCAGAUGGGCACUGGCGAAAGGGGAAGGAGGGACGAUAAAAGGGUUGUCAUUUGAUGUUAAGGAAAUGUUCAAUGAGUUACCACACGCAUCGAUACUAAAAGUCGUCGAGUGGCUAAGAGGAAGGAUGAAGAAAAAAAAGAGGGAAGGGGUGUAUGUGAAGAAGAAGGGAAAGGGGGUAUCGUUUGCAAAUCAAAGGGAUAAGGACUGGCUGUUUGUGAGUGUGGAUCAGGUGAUGGAUUACGUAAAAUAUGAGUGAGCUAAUACUUUUUUGAUGGCGGCCAGUAGACUGAUGAGACAGGUCAAGGGGGUACCCAUGGGAAAAAGCAGCAGUCCCCCCUUGGCCUGCCUGUUAUCCAUUUAUAACGAGGCAUGCUUUUUGGAGUCACUAGGGAGGGACAGGGGUUUGAUUCGAGGGGUGAGGUUGGUCGAUGACCUGUCAGUGUUUGUGUGGGAGGGUAGGAUAAAUAGAGGGAAACAUA